CUCGAGAGAGAAUGAAGGAGCAGAAAACGAGCAUCCUCAAAUAACACCGCUUGGAAAACGAGACACUGGAUCUUAAUUAAAGAUUAUUCGCUUGAGGAAGUGAAUGACAUUAGAACAUCAGGCAUGUACUCUGAGGAGUGGAGCAGAAAUCGGCAGGGUAGAGAGAAGGCUGUGAUCACGAAUUUCAGCUUUAGUCAGCUGCCAGAGGAGGAGAAGAGGGGUUGGAUAAAAUCUCACAGUGUUCAUGACUCAGAGGAAUCCAUUCCUGAUGAUCGCCACCAUGCCAUCUACUUUGCUAUGCUGUUGGCUGGUGUUGGUUUUCUACUGCCAUACAAUAGUUUCAUCACCGAUGUGGACUACCUCCACCGCAAAUUCACAGGCACCUCUAUUGAGUUCGACAUGAGUUUGACGUAUAUUCUGGUGGCUCUCAGUGCUGUCAUUGUGAACAACGCUCUUGUGGAGAGACUGAGCUUAAACACACGCAUCUGUGUGGGAUAUCUAUUUGCAUUGGGACCUUUGGUGUUUGUGAGUGUAUUUGACAUCUGGUUGGAGCUGUUUGACACUCAGCAGUCCUAUGCUCUUACUCUAGCCGCAAUUGCCAUUGUUGCAUUUGGAUGCACAGUGCAGCAGUCCAGUUUCUAUGGUUACACUGGGAUGCUGCCCAAGAGGUACACACAGGGCGUGAUGACUGGAGAGAGCACUGCAGGAGUUAUUGUCUCUCUGAGUCGGAUUUUUACAAAGCUGCUGGUGGAGGACGAGAAGAGCAACACCAUCAUCUUCUUCCUGUUCUCUGUCUCAAUAGAGACGCUCUGUUUUCUGUUACACGUGGUGGUCCGACGGACACACUUUGUCCGUUAUCACACCGACAGAGCUCGCCACAGCUGGCUCAAAGGACAGAUUAAUAAUUUUACUUCAAAAAACCACAGUGGCUAUCAGAUACAUUACGACAGCAGCGCAGAGGAAGAGGAUGGAGUGGCAUCAAGCACAGUUGACGAAGCUGAUGCAGUUAAUCUGGGUAACGGUUCCCAUGAAGAUGGAAUAUACGUCAGAUUUGAUGUGCCCAAACCAGACACCAAAAGGACCUGGAUGGGCGUGAAGGAACUGCUGGAUCAGAGGUGUGCUGUUGCCCGGAUGAUCUGGCCCUAUAUGCUCUCAAUUUUGGUGACAUAUUUCAUCACACUGUGUCUGUUCCCUGGUUUGGAGUCAGAGUUACGCAAUGAUACACUGGGAGAAUGGCUGCCUAUUCUCACCAUGGCUCUGUUCAACUUGGCAGACUUUGUGGGCAAGAUCUUGGCAGCGUGUCCGUAUGAGUGGGGUGGUGUGCAGCUGCUGGUGUGUUCAUGUUUGCGCGUCCUCUUUCUGCCACUGUUUGUGAUGUGCGUGUCACCCGUGCAGCACCCCCUGCUGGCGCACCCAGCCUGGCCCUGCGGCCUGUCUUUGAUGCUGGGAAUCAGUAACGGAUACCUUGGCUCUGUACCAAUGAUACAGGCUGCAGGCAAGGUGCAACUUCAACAGCGAGAAGUGGCAGGGAACACCAUGACGGUAUCAUAUAUGGCGGGACUGAUGCUCGGGUCUGCUGUGUCUUACUCAACAUACAGCCUGACCUCACAGGCACAUUCUACUCACACACUGAAACUCAACAACACACUCACAUUACAGAGCUAUAUGUCUGGCCACUGAGCGUCUUUCUCACAUGUACGCUGUUUUGUAUAAUUGUUAAUGUAAGGAUAAAGAAAAUUUCCAGAGACUAUCAUUGCUGAAAAUACCAGCUUAGACCAGAGUUUGCAUACUGGUCCAGUCUGGUUUAUGCAAGGAAAGUCUGCUGGUUAAGCAAGUUAAAAAUUCAAGUUUAGGACACACCAGCAUUUUAGAAUUUCAUUGUGCGGACCAGCAUCCAAAACACAACAUAUGCUGGUGAGCAGCUGCAUAUGCUGAUUUGUUCAUCAGGGAUGUUGGAUUAUAUAAAAUGUGUUGAGAUAUUCAUUAGAGUAUUAUCCAAAACUGUCUGAAUAACCAUCACCUUGCUAAAUAAAUUGAUGUAUGACUGUUCCUGUCAUGUUUAAAUGUAUGGCCACCAUGUGUAAUUUACUGUAAGGUAUGCUUUAAAGUUCUACUUUAUGGCUGGUCGUUAUAAUCGUGUUGGUGUCUUGUUUUAGAUUAUGGCCCUCCACUUUCACCUGUUUAAACCAAGGUUAGGUAACGAAUAGUUUCAUUAUUCGCAAAACAUCUUAUUCUGGCCAAAAAGCACCCAUUGAGACAGGAAGGUGUCGUUUGACUGAUAUGUUAAAUUGACUAUAUCCUGUUUGCUUUUUGACAUGAUGGCCAGGUAAAUCUGUAAGUGGAAGGAUUUACAGUUCACACAGAACAUGUUUUUGCUUUGACAAACGUGAGACGAGGGCAGUGGAAUGGGGAAAAGCAUGUUUUUUUUUUAAGUUUUUAAAAGUUCUUUUAUUUUUAGUGCCAAGUUUUUAGAACGUGCAACGGUCAAACACAUCAGUCUAGGGAGUUUAAAUAGCAAAACAACGCGCAGUGUAAUGGAAAAACAUGUUCUGUGUAAAUGGCCCCUAAAGGCCCGU